GCUACUAAGGUCGCGACUGAGUCUCUGCGCGGCCGCGAGCUAACGAAAAGGUCUUAGCACGCGAGUAAUGGAACAACAUACGCGAUCUCUCAGGCAGCCUCUCCCCGCCGCGGCUUUAUAAAAAAAAUAAGCGUACCGGACCCCAAGCACAGAUCAACGAUAUGCAACGGGGAUUCGGCUGAGCGAGAGCUUAACAAAGGCUUUUUGUCAUUCUUCCACGAGAAGCGUCAUGAAUCUUAGCGCGAGCAAUCCUAACGGCAACGGCUUACUCUAUGCCGGCUUUAAUCAAGAUCAAGGAUGUUUUGCGUGUGGAAUGGAAAAUGGCUAUAGAGUUUACAACUGUGACCCACUUAAGGAGAAGGAAAGACAUGACUUUAGGGAAGGUGGCUUAGGCUACGUUGAGAUGCUGUUUAGGUGUAAUUACUUAGCAUUCGUUGGUGGAGGAACGAAUCCAAUGUAUCCAACAAACAGAGUUAUAAUAUGGGAUGAUUUAAAAAAAUCACCAGCUAUUACAUUAGAGUUUAAUGCGCCGGUAAAAGGUGUGAAAUUAAGACGUGACCGAAUAGUUAUUAUUUUAGAAGGUGUAAUAAAAGUUUAUACAUUUACUCAAAAUCCGCAACAGCUGCAUGUCUUUGAGACAAAUUCAAAUCCAAGAGGUUUAUGCGUCCUCUGUCCAAAUAGUAAUAAUUCUUUGUUAGCUUUUCCUGGCAGAAAAAAUGGACACGUCCAAGUUAUCGAUCUGGCCAAUACUGAGAAACAACCAUUAAAUAUCGAAGCACACGAGACACCCUUAUCUUGUAUAGCUUUAAAUUUACAAGGUACUCGAUUGGCGACAGCUUCAGAAAAAGGUACAUUGAUAAGGGUAUUUGACUCUCAAAGUGGAAAUAUGAUUAAUGAAUUAAGACGCGGUGCAAAUCACGCGAAUAUAUAUUGCAUUAAUUUCAAUCACGAUUCUACGUGGUUGUGCGUUGCAAGUGAUCAUGGAACCGUUCACGUUUUUGCUGUGGAAGAUCAAAAAUUAAAUCGACAAUCGAGUUUAGCUUCGGCAACCUUCUUGCCAAAGUACUUUAGUUCGAACUGGAGUUUUUGCAAAUUUCAAGUGCCAGGUGGACCGCAAUGUAUGUGCGCUUUCGGCACUGACAAUAACAGUAUAAUAGUUGUGUGCGCCGAUGGUAGCUAUUAUAGGUUCGUAUUUAACAAUAAAGGCGAAUGUACGAGAGACUUUUACGCGCAAUUUCUGGAGAUGACCGAUGACAAGUUGUGACUCUCAGCACAUUCGUUAAAAUUAAAGUGGAGCCAAAGACUCCAUUUCGUGUUAAAAAAAAAACUGUGAUCGUUAUGUUGCGUAGCUAUGGGUCGCUUAUUUUGCGCGCCAUCAUUUGUUAUACUUAUGCAGUGUAUGCAGUUAUGUUAAGAAAAUUGUCUAGAUGCAACUAUCCUGAAGAAGAAGAAUAAGGAAAAAGGAAAAAAAAUAUAUUUAUAUAAGUUAUAUCGUUGCCAAUCACUAAGAAUGGUUUGACGAAUGAAACGCGUUUAACAACUACAAUAAAAUAUUUCGAGGAUUGAAAUUCACUAUCGAUGUAAGCGUUUUGUCAAAUGAUCGAGAUGUUAAAGAAAUUUAUAUCAUGAGAGAGUAAUUCUUGUAAAUAUAACGAGUAAUGAUACUUGUUUAUCUAGAUAAUAGCGAGUUUAUAUCGAAGUUUUAAAUAGGGCUUUGUCAAUAAAUGUAUACGAAUCUAAAGUUAACGUCAACUUGGGUCUUAUUUAAAAUAUUUAACA